AUUUCAGAGAAGGCGGGCAAAAACGUCAUUUGCUAUCUUGCGCUCCGUAUAAUUCGAUUUCCAGAUGAUAUUCUCACUUUCUGCGUGCAGAUUUCAAACUGAAAUAAUUUAAAUUAGGAAAAUAAUUUAAAUGUUUUUAAGUGAUCAUUUAUAAAUUAGCAAAGUUAGUUUCUGAUAUUUACGAGAAUACAAAAUUGGAGACCUCUGAGGCUGUCAAUUUUAUUUCUUACAUUAGUACGAAGUAAUAGUGUAAUCUGCUUAGCAUUUAAAUUGAAAGCUACUCAGAAAUUUCCCACGAGACUAGCGGCUGAUUUAAAAAUUUAAGAACAAAUUUGCAAAUAUAAACAUUAGAUAGCUAAAAUGGCAUCAGAAACAUCUGUCACGAAGGAUACGGACUCAGCUGCUCACUUGAUGCAAAUUCCAUCUCCAGAAUUUCCCCAGAAAGAGGAAACUUUCCCACCAAAUGUCGAAAUUUUAGUGGAAGAAGCUAAGCAAGCUGAUUCCCUCUUCCAGGUUCCUGUGGAUGGUCCAAUCGAUGAGUACUAUUGGUUAUCUCAGCCGUACUCUGUUGUACCCCAACAUACAUACAGCGGAGGAUCGCAUCACUGUCUCAGCACCUUUACCAGCUCAUCGACUUUUGCAGAGCUUCACAGUCCACCAGUCCAGGAGUGCUUGAUUUAUGAUGCCUCGCUAACUCCUCAUUAUUUAAAAGGAUCGCGAACCCAUUUGAGGAAUUCAGCAUCCAGUAAUACCAAGCUUGAAUCAGGAAGAUUUUCCUACACGGGAAGAAACAGAUCAACGCAUUUUAGAGAUAGAGAUCGGCGCUACACCGGUGGGAUGACCAGAGAUGAACAGAAAAGAAGUGCGUGUGAUCGCGAGCGUAGCAGGAUGCGAGCCAUGAACCUUGCCUUUGAUAGGCUGAGGGAAAUCCUUCCAUGUCACAAGCCUCCAGGGAAGAAACUCUCUAAGAUUGAAUCCCUUAAGCACGCCAUCCAAAGAAUAGCUGACUUACAGGCCUUUUUAGCAUCAACAGCACCCACUUCAUCUUCUACGACUCGAACUUGUGAAACGGGAAUUUAUCCUUCAGAAAUGUGGGCAUCAGCACCAAAUUAUUUUAACUGGAUUAAGCAGGAAAAAGAGCAUUGUCAUAACAGCAUUGCUCAACAAGGAAGCAUGCAGCCAGCUAUUCUCAACACAAGUGAAUAUUAUUGGCAAGCCGAUGGCCAUCCAUCAACACAUUAUACUUACGAGAUGCAGAGCAUGGACUCUCAAAAUGGGCAUAUUUAGCAGCUUUUUCCUCAGCAAUUUAUUGUAUUAUUUACUUAUAUAUUUAUAAUGAGAAAAUUCAUAGCCAAUUCAAAUAAAAGAAAAUUAUUCUAUUAUAAUAUCUAGUUACUUUGUUAUGGAUAUUUAUAGAAUCUCCUCUAAUGCUAACUGCCAAGCUUGUUUCUAUAUGAAUAUUUUUAAUCAUUAAAAAAUGUUGCUAUGCCGGUUUCAAA